GAGGCGGCAAAGGCCAUACGUUAUAACAGAAACACAAACAACUGCAGUUGCAACAACAAAGACAACGACACAACAAACACCAACGCCACCACAAAAACAGCAACAAAGACAACCACGACCACUAAUUACAACUACAUUUGCAACAACGACUACAUCAUUUACAGCUGCCAUUGCCGCAGCCCUAUUGCAAACGACAAAUGCUACCACCGCUACACUCACCGCCGCCCUUCAAACACACGCUGCAGCAGCUUCCUCUCCAUAUGAAGUUGCUGGUGCAUCACCAUACUCAUCAGCAUCAUCGUCAUCACCUGCCGUUACACACAUACCACCGUCAUUAUCGAUCGAUAGUUCACUACAGUAUCCCAUGGCGGUGUUGGAUGGCACUUUAGCCCAAAUGGAGCCGAAUGCAACCACAACACAUUUACUGCAUAAUACAGUCAUUUCCACUGCCACAUCUGCUUUAGCUGCCGCUGCUGCAGCAGCUUCAACAGCUAAUACAACGCUAUUACUAGAUGAUGAUGGUGGUGGCGGCACAGAUUCCGAUGGUGAUUGGUUUGAUGAUGCUAUUUUAGCCUUGAAAGCUUUUGUCAUGUUAUUUAUAAUAAUUGCCGAUUUUGGAAAUUUACUUGUUAUUAUUUCUGUGAUGCGUGUUAGAAAAUUAAGAAUCAUAACGAAUUAUUUUGUAGUCUCGUUAGCCAUGGCUGAUAUUAUGGUCGCCAUAAUGGCCAUGACAUUUAACUUUAGUGUACAAGUAACAGGACGUUGGCUUUUCAGUCCAUUCCUAUGCGAUUUGUGGAAUAGUUUGGAUGUCUACUUUUCAACAGCGAGUAUAUUGCAUUUAUGCUGUAUAUCAGUCGAUAGAUACUAUGCCAUCGUUAAGCCGUUAAAGUAUCCGAUUAGCAUGACAAAACGCGUUGUUGGCAUUAUGAUACUCAAUACAUGGAUUUCGCCAGCUCUACUAUCCUUCCUGCCCAUCUUUAUUGGUUGGUAUACCACCGAUGAUCAUAAGAAUUUCGUGAAAUUACAUCCGGACCGCUGUGAGUUCAUUGUAAAUAAACCGUAUUGUGUCAUCUCUAGUUCAAUAUCAUUUUGGAUACCGUGUACCAUUAUGAUUUUCACCUAUUUGGCAAUAUUUCGUGAGGCAAAUCGUCAGGAGAAACAAAUGAUGAUGCGUCAUGGUAAUGCAAUGUUAAUGCAUCGACAUUCAACUGUUGCCGGAACCGGAAGUGAAGCUUUAAGCGGUUCUGGUUCUUCGAAGACAUUAACACUGCAUGAGGUCGAACAGGAUCAUACACCAACGAAAGAUAAACAUUUAAUUAAAAUGAAACGAGAACACAAGGCUGCAAGAACUUUAGGUAUAAUUAUGGGUACAUUCAUACUCUGUUGGCUGCCAUUCUUUUUGUGGUACACCAUAACCACAUUAUGUGAUGCCUGUACAGUACCCGAUAUAGUUGUAGCCAUCUUGUUUUGGAUCGGUUACUUCAACUCCACCCUAAAUCCCCUUAUAUACGCUUAUUUCAAUCGUGACUUUCGAGAAGCUUUCCGCAAUACACUACAGUGUCUAUUCUGCAAUUGGUGGAAAGAUCGUCAUAUGCCACUGGACAUUGACAUCAGACGCAGUAGUCUGCGUUAUGACAAUCGUGCGAAAAGUGUUUACUCCGAAAGUUACCUCAAUGCCAAUCAUCCACAGCGUCGUACUAGUCAGUUAGUGGAAAGUUUAUAAUGUAGGGAUGAGGCGCUGUUAGCGCCUACUCCCACACCCACAUCAGCAUCAAUGCAAAAUUUACAUUUAUUGGGAACGAGUGGUGGCUCCAGUGGUUCACCACAAACUAUGACAUUGUUAACAACACCCUCGCAUACCAUACGACUGGAGACGUGGCGUAGUGAGAGUUUAAAGAAUAAAGAAAACAAAAUGUUGCUGGAUAAAAGAGGUGGUAGUAGUUGUGGUAGCAAAACAAAUAGUGGCAAUAAAGCUAAAGCUGCUGGUGGCAGUGGUGGUGUUGCAGAUGACGAUGAUGAGGACAAUGAUGAUAAUAUCCAGGAAAUACAAAUUGAAAUACCGUUGGCAUAUGUCAACAAAUGGAAUAAGAAUAACAAUAAAACCAAUACAACUGCCGUAACACAGCAACAACAGCAGCAUCAACAACAACAUCAACAAAAGACACCUACAUUUGCACAUACAAUGGUUUAAUGUGCCAACAAUACUGCUGCAAAUAAAACAUUCUCUCAUACGUUUGUUUGAAUUUAUGUGUAUAGAGUGGAACUUCAUGAAGGAUUCCAGCAUUAUGUUCACUCUUUUGGAUUCCUAUACAGCAACAUAACCGAAAACAAAAUACUUUCCAAAAACCUAUCAACAACAAUAGCAGCAGCAGCAGCAAUAAAAACAAGAACAAAUUUAUCCAGUCAACUCAACUUAAGCUCAACAUCACAAAAUAAACAUCACAGCAACAUGAAUAAAAAACAACAGCAACAACAAAACAUCACAUCAACCAAAACAAAGUCUUCAUACUCAUACAAGGAAUAUUAACUAAGGUUCCCCUACUCCCUAUACACGUCCCCCUCUCACAUACUGUACAAUCAAAAAUGAGAACAACAACAAAAAAUAUUUAACAUGUAAAACAAAACAAACAAAAUCAUAGUGAAAAUUGUGUGGUUGUAGUUAUUUCUAUUUUGAUUUAUUUUUUUCUAAUCCAUACUUGUAACGUUAAACAAAAAAAUUUUAUAAAAAAUAAACAAACAAAAAAUUUAAGAAAUAUAAAUAAAUACAUUUUGUAAAUAUUAUUGAAUAAGCUUAAAAAAUACAAAACAUUUUCCAAAAAAGAAAACAAAACAUUAAAAGAAAAACAGAUAUAAGCCUAAUGGACAAAAUUAUAUUCUUGUAGUUUUUAGAUAAGAUUGAAAUGUUUAAAAAUCAACAGAAAUUUAGAGAAAUUAUUAAAAUGUACAGAUAGUUGAAAUGAGAUGAAAAUUGCUGGUUUUUAGUUACACAUAAUUAAAUUCAUUUACAUUUUUUUUUAUUUUUUAUUUUUGACUCUUUUCUCACAAAACUAUAUUUUUCUUAAAAAUAAUUUUAUCUCAUGAUACAUUCAAUUUUUAUAGCUGGUUUGUUCCUUAUUAAAUACUGUUAUUCUUAUAAGAAUAAAGUUUAAAAUUCAAGAUUUCUAGAUAACUUUAUAUCUAUCAUAUUUUUUAUUGAUUUUUACAAAUUUAAUUUUCUGUAAUUGAAUUUUAAAAUACACAAAUUUACUAAAGUUGAACAUAAUUGCAAUAUAUCAAAGAGAGUUUUAAGUUUAUUGUAAAUAAUUGAUAAAAAUUUUUUAUUUCAAAAACACAUACACUUACACAAUGAAAAAAUGACAAAUCUUAAUGCUUUAUUGAUUUAGUUUUUAAUUGAAAAGAGAUUUAUCUUUAAAAUUUUGUUUAUAUUUCUUUGAUAUAAUGAUAUUUAUUUAUUUAAAAGUGUUAUUAAUUUCUCUAAAGUAUUUAGUACUAAUUUAGUUAUAGUUAUUUUUUUAUAACAAAUUUCUAAAAGUGAUUUCUUUUUAAAUAAAUGAAAUUUCUUUAAAAUGCUUAAAAGUUUUUAAAACAAUUUUUAAACUAAUCAAUAUAUUUAGUUAAAUUGCUGGAAAUUUAAAUAACAGAUUUAUUGUUCUCUGUAGUAAUGCUGCAGAAAUUUAACAUAAAGUUCAGCCUUUAGAGUAGACUGUAUUGCAGAUUAUAGUCUAGCUUGGGGGUAAUGAUUCGAAUUGAAACUCUACUAAUUACAAUUACUUGUAAUUGAAUUCAAGCAAUUUCCAAUUACUUGGAAUUGUAAUAAAGUAAUAUCCAACAAUUACUCGUAAUUGUAAUUGUGACGGUGCCAAUUACAAUUACUUGUAUUACAAUUUAUUGUAUUACAAUUACUUGUAAUUGUAUUCAAACAAUUUUCAAUUACUUGUAAUUGAGUUAGUGCCAAUUACAAUUACUUGUAAUUAAUUUUUUUCCUUUAAUUAGAUUUAAUGGUAAUUGGUAAUACAAUUAUAAGCAAUUGCAAUUAGUAAAUUUCAAUUACAAGUAAUUGUAACUGAUUAUAGGUCAAUUACACAAUAAAAAUAAUUGUAAUUGAGGAAACUUAAAUUACAAUUACAAAUAAUUGUAAUUAGUUAUUACACAUCACAAGUAAUUGUAAUUGAUAUGUAAUUAAUUAUAUCAUGCCUGGUCCAGAUAUGAGUAAACUAUUAUUCUGACUAUAGAUCCGACCGUGGUUUUUACAAGAUAGUAGAAUAUGCUCUAGGCUCUCCAUAAUAUAGUUGAGAAUAUAAACUUUAGUCUAGUCUAGACCACAGACUGCUUAUAGUUCUGACUUGCGACACUGGAAAACAGUUCAUACUAUAGAUUGGAUUAUUGUCCUGACUAAUGAAUCGCAACAAGAUUAGGCUAUAUAUACCCUUCAUACCCUUCAUGUAAUAUGUAGACUAUAGUGCAGACUGCAGACUUGCCUAUAUAUUUAUAUAGGCAAUAGUCUACUACACUAUAGACUAGAUAAUAGUAUCGACUUCAAACUAGAAUAUAUUGUAGGCUACAGACUAAUGACUAUACAUCAGACUGCUUUACAGACUAUAGACUAACACUUAAUGCACAAUAAAGCCUAAACUAUAAUUUAGACCAUCCUAUAGACUUGGAAGUAAGUUAGACAAUAGUCUAGACUAAAGACUAGACUAUAGACUAGACCAAAAACUGGAGUAUAGGCUGGACUAUAAUCUAUACCAAAGACUAGACUAUAAUCUAUAGGCUAGACUAAAAUCUAUACCAAAGGCUAGACUAUAAUCUAUACAAUAGUCUAGACUGAGGACUAGACUAUAUACUAGACUAUAGGCUAGACUGUAAUCUAUACCCAAGACUGAACUAUAGUUCACACUACAGACUGUAAUGUAGUCCAGGUUAUAAACGAAACUAUAGUCUAGACUAUAGACUACCCAAUGGUCAAGACUAUAGCCAAAACUAUAAUUCAGACCAUCCUAUAGUGUUGAAUAUAAAUUAGACAAUAAUCUAGACUAAAAACUAGACUAUAGGCUA